GAAUAUGAUUCUUGCCUGGGGUAAUGUGGCACGGAUGGUGAAAUACGUCGCUUCCGCAAACUACGGCUUGAUGGCACUAUGCAAAUUAGUCGGUACUUGGUAUCACGGUAAAACACUUCGAACGCUGAUGACAUCGGUCGUGACCGAUUGGAUGACUUCGAAAAACGACCGGGAACGAAAUACAAUGUUAAAUAUUGCGAGACAUGGCAGAAUCUUAUCUUUUGGUUGUUACGUGUGCACCGUGUGCACAAUCUCGUUUUACCUUUCUUUCAAUCUGCGGAAGUUCUAUCGAAAUAUGCACCAAUCUCAACGGACCCUCGUGUAUGGGUCCGCCUAUCCUUACAACAUUCACAGGAGUCCGAACUACGAAAUUACUUAUUUUACUCAACUUUCCGGCGGCAUAUACACGGCCCUCAUCAACUCUACCGUCGACAGUUUCGUCUCGAUACUCCUGCUGCACAUAUGCGCACAGUUGAUAAAUCUACGAACGGCACUCAACGAUCUGAUCGACAAACUAGCCGAAGGAUUUAUAUCCUCCUCGAGAUUUAAGAAAGGAUUAGCUGCGAUCACUAUCCGUCACGAACAUCUCAUCAGGAACGCAAAGACAGUAGACGACUGUUAUACCGUAGUGUUAUUUAUACACAUGUUUGCCGCCACUUUCCAACUGUGUUUUGUAAGCUUUCAAGUUUUCACGAUAAUAUCAAAUCAUUUGGAUGUACCUCCUGCCAAAGUGGGUUUUCUCUCGUUUUACGUCAUUAUGGUAUUGACACAUUUGUAUAUUUAUUGUUACUCAGCUGAAAGACUUUUAACGGAGAGUACCAGUAUGGCAUAUGGCGUGUAUAAAUCCAAGUGGUACGAUAUAUUAUCGAAAGACGCGAAAAAUUUAAUGUUUAUAGUAUAUCGAUCUACAAUUCCGCUUAGAUUGACGGCUGGAAAAUUCGGAGUUUUUUCAUUAGCAAUGUUUGGAACA